UUUAAACUCAUAUUCAAAUUCCUGUGUUGAACCCUGAAGCUAACACAGAAAGUCAACAGUCCUCUGGAUCUGUUUGGAGGAUAUUCUCGUUCUUCCUGAUUUCUGCGCCUAAAGAUGUCAAUGUUACUCAGUUUUGAUUAAUAUCAGCAAACAACAUUGUUUGAUCACAUGCUUGGUAAACAACAACAGAGGAUAUAUGAACAGUUAAUUUACAUCUGGAGGAGACUCUGCUGCUGCUGCUGCUGUGAGAGAAACCUCUUCUGACAAGAUGGCUUCAGAACUUAAGUUUGUUGUGCUCCUGUGUUUGAGCACUGGACUGUGGCUGGGAGCUGAGGCAUCAUGUGAGGAACUAAAAGCCUGUAAAACUUGCCCUGCUGGCUGGUCUCCGUAUGGAACGUCCUGCUACAUGUUCCAUCACAGCCAAAGGGCCUGGGCCGAUGCAGAGAAAUUCUGCACGACUCAAGGUGGAAACCUGGUCUCUCUGCACUCCAAAGAGGAGCGCCUCUUCAUCCAAAAGACUCUUCAGCGAGUCGCCGGGAAACUGGUCAACGUUUGGGUCGGAGGAUAUGAUGCCGGAAAGGAGGGAGUGUGGCUGUGGACUGACGGCUCCCUGUUUGACUUCAAAGACUGGAACAAUGGAGAGCCCAACAACUUUCAGGGACACGAGAACUGCAUGGAGAUGAACUACGCAGGGAGAGAUAAUGUCAACGAUAACAGCUGCUGGAAGAAGAAAUCCUUCAUCUGUGCUAAGUCUCUGUGAACUUCCUGCUGAGCUGAGUCCAGAUGAAGAGGUCACUUAAAGCAGAGGUGUGUGUUGAAGCUGCCGU